AUGGAGCCUACUAGUAAUCAUCCGUUAAUCGCUGCUUGGACAUCCACCCCGAUCCCGAACCUCUCACUCUCUGCUGGUGGUCUACUUGCGCUCGCGGAUCUAAACACUAUUGCCCAGCGCACGGCGAUUGCUGGCGGUUCAUCAUGGCUAGAUGCCUUUGUGCUCGCGCCGGGUCUGCACUACCAGCAGGCGGCGGACUUGCUAACGCCUGAAUAUGGAUCCGGGAAGCUGGUGCUGUCGACGCUGGACGGCGGGGCGAGGCAGUUUGUCGUGAGCAAUGUCGCCAUGGUGAAGUAUUUACGUAGUUUAUGGGAGAGGGAAGGGAAAUACGGGGUCGUGACGCUGGAUGAUUCGCGGAGGAGGAGUCAGAGAAGAUGGCAGAGGGAUUUGAGGAGGCAGCUUGAGGCGGAGCAUAAGAGUCAUGUCAGGGAGGUUCUUGAGAUGGACUGGGUGAGCCACGCGCUGUAUCUGCUGAGUCCGCUGCUCACGGUGACGGCGAUUGUGUUUAUGGUGUUGUUGCAGGAUUGGUGGGGGUUGGGAUUCUUGAUUGCACUCAUGGUGUCGCGGUUGGCGAAUAUUUGGGCCAUCAAGGAGCGUGCGAGGCCUGGGGGUUCGCCGCCGCCGCCGUUGCCUCCCUUGGAUGAUGACGAGAAGCCCAAAUCACCACCUCCUCCUCCUUCGACUCCUCCUCCUGCGCACGGGACGGCGGUGGGGGAGUCGAAGCAGUCGCUGGCGCUGCCGCUCACGUUCAAGCGACAAGAUUCGAGCAUGACGCAGUAUACCAUCGACUGGGGGGACAACCGGCGCGUGAUCCUCAAAGGCGAGGACGCAGAUCUACGAGCCGUCACUACCGAAGCCUGGCUGCGUGCGAAGACGACUCUAGAAGGCUACCUCGAGGCAAUGUCCAAGCUCAUCGUCUACAUGGUGGCUUCUCUGAGCGGCAAUCUCUCCCAGGCGGGCGCCGUGGUGCUCAUGUCGCUUCUACUUGUCAGUGCAGGCCUUCUAGGCUUGAGCAACGCCCACGCGACGAGCAUGCAGAUGCACGGCCGGCGCGUCGGGCGGUUAAAGGUGGAAAAGGUCAAGAUUGCGCCGCUGGACCCGGGCAUGGCGGUGUCUGGGCAGGUAGAUACGACGGCGGACGGGAUGCCUGUUCACAUUGUGCCGGUGGUCAGUAACUGA